CCUUCUUCUCCUCCUCCGCCGGGCUCCGUUAGCUUCCGACGCCUCUGCAGCCCCCGCGGGCUGCGCGCGGUCUCCGGCCCAGAUGUUCUCCAGAGUCGCCAGGAGCGUGGUGCUGAGGACAAGAGGACUGGGGGCUCGGGGGACACACAGCCCAGGGGGUACAGCCCACAGCCCUGGGAAGAUGACUCCGUACACCAACUAUUACGCCCAGCGCUCCUACCCCAUGCCAGACGAGCCCUUCUGCACGGACCUCAGCGCAGAGCAGCAGGCCCUGAAGGAGAAGGAGAAGGGCAGCUGGACCCUGCUGAGCCCCGAGGAGAAGGUGGCCUUAUACCGCCUCCAGUUCCAUCAGACGUUCGCAGAGAUGAACCGGCGCACCAACGAGUGGAAGACCGUGAUGGGCUGCGUGUUCUUUUUCUGUGGACUCACGGCCCUGGCAAUUUGGUGGCAGCGGGUCUAUGUGUUCCCCGAGAAGCCCAUCACCCUGCAGGAGGAGUGGAAGGCGCGGCAGCUCCAGCGGGUCCUGGACAUGAAGGGCAACCCGGUGCAGGGCCUGGCCUCCCGCUGGGACUACGACCGGAAGGAGUGGAAGAAGUGACUUGGUCUGCAUUUCCAGCAGCUCCCUGCAAG